AUGAAGGUUUUUGCUAUGAUGGCAUUAUUGCUGGCAGCAGCAUAUUGUCAAUCAAAUGAGAUUGAUGUUGUAUUAAAGAUGCUAGGGGAUUUAAAAAAUGAGACAAGCAAACAAUUAUAAUAAUUGGAGAGCGAUUGGGAAGCAACCAGAUAUGUAAUUGAUUAUAUAUGACAUUUGAACAGCAAAAACAAGACGUCGUAAAUGAUUUAAUGAGAUCUGCAUCAACAUAAAGAGGUGAAUGUAAUAGAAGAGAUCAAGAGUGGGCAAACAAAGAAAGAGACAUUAGAAUUACACUCAGCUAUAUCAAUUGGUUAGAGAAAAGAAUCAAAGAGAAUAAUGAAAGACUCUAAAGAUUGGAUGUCAACAGAUGUGAAUCCAAUGCUAAUUUCAUUAAUGAUAUCAAGAAUUCUAAGAAAACUCUAAAUUUGAUUGCCUUCCUCAGAAGAGCUGUAAAGAAUGCAAAAGAAGUAUUGUUAAAGCAAUAAUUAGACUGAUUUGCCAACACUUUUGUAAUCUGCUCAAUUCAUUUAACUCAAAUCCUUUUUGGCUGAUGAUGGUGAAGAACCAGAAGUGACAUCCGAAGAUAAUGAGCCCCCUCAUGUCUAUGAUGAACCAGAAGCUGUUGAUGACACUGAAGACGUUUCUGAAAAUUAAGUAGAUGCCGCUCCAGAUGUUGAAACAACUGAAGAAUCAGCUACUGAAGCAGAAGCUCCCUCUGAGGAAGUAGAAUAACAUAGUUUGGGUGAUACACAUGAAGAACCUGAUGCCCCUGUUCCUGAACAUCCAUUAGAAGCUGAAGAAAAGGCUACCAAUGAAUAAUUAGCAAAGGAGGCUGCUGCAUUCAACAAAAUUAUUGAAAAGGGACAAAAGGCUCCUGCUGAAGCUGGAUCUGGCAAAGAUUAUUCACAAUUCACAGUUGCUUAAUAAGAAUUGUUAAAUUUCUUGGACAUUUUAGAAGAUUAAGUAAGAGGUUCAUUUGGAAAGAAACAAGAUAACCAAGUUAACUCAGCUAUGGGUUACAGUGAUUUCAAGGGAUUGAUUCAAAAGGAAAAUGAAACAUUCAAAGGACAUCUAGUAGCUGAAGAUGUUAAUCUAGUAACACUUUUAAUAUAUUUAAUUAUAGGAAAAAUUACAAAAUUAAUUGAUAACCAUCUUAUAAGCUACUGCAGCUUGCAAAGACAGAUUAAAGAAAAUCCAAAACUCUAUUGAUUUAGCUAACGAAGUAUAUUCUCUCAUAAAUUAUUCCUAGGACUUGGCUUCUUCAGAGGCCCACUUUAAGUCUGUAACUGAAACUCUCUAGGAAGAGCAAAAUACCUUUGAUGAUGUUUACAGAAUUUAUUCAAGUUAAGUUGGCUCUCAAAGCACAACAUACAAGAGAGAUGUAUAAGCCAAAAUUACCAACUGAUUAUGUAGAAUCAUCC